UUCCAGCUGCCCCUACCUGUGUGUAGAGGUAUCUCCCGCUGUCCCUGCCUGUGGCUGCCUCCUCCUGACGGUGGUGCUGUUGUUGAUGUUGUUGUUGUUGUUGAUGUUGUUGUUGUUGAUGUUGUUGAUGCUGUUGUUGAUGUUGUUGAUGUUGAUGAUGUUGUUGUUGUUGUUUCCAGCUGCCCCUACCUGUGUGUAGAGGUAUCUCCCGCUGUCCCUGCCUGUGGCUGCCUCCUCCUGAUGGUGGUGCUGUUGGCGCUGCUCCGCACGGCGCUCACAGACCCAGGGGUCGUGCCCAGGGCCCCUCCUGGGGGCGUGGAGGGGAGCGGAGAGACCCUCGGUGAUGUGUCGUCCUCCAGGUCCGCGGGAGGUCCGUGCGGUGCCCCGCCCCGCGUGAAGGAGGUGCUCCUGAACGGGCAGCUGGUGACGCUGCGUUACUGUUUCACCUGUCACGUGUUCCGGCCUCCCAGAGCCUCGCACUGCAGCGUCUGUGACAACUGUGUGGAGCGCUUUGACCAUCACUGCCCGUGGGUGGGUAACUGCGUGGGGGUGAGGAACCACCGCUCGUUUUUCCUCUUCCUCACCUCCCUCUCGCUCCUCACCCUCUACAUCUUCAGCUUCACGCUCGCCCAUCUGGUGCUUCGCUCCAGGCACGCUGGGUUCGUGUCGGCACUGAAAGAAUCUCCCGCCAGUGCUGUGGAGGUGCUGGUUUGCUUCCUGUCCGUGUGGUCCAUCCUGGGCCUGUCGGGGUUCCACACUUACCUGGUGCUGGUGAACCAGACUACGAACGAGGAUAUGAAGAAGUCUUGGUCCAACCGUAGGGGUCGCGACAAUUUCAACCCCUACAGCCAGGGGGGUCUCCUGCAGAACUGUGCCCAGGUGCUGUGUGGACCCCUACAGCCCAGUCUGCUAGACCUGAGAGGCUUUGUCGCUCCGGACAUCCAAGAGACAUCAAACUCCUCCACGCUUGGCAUGCAGCCGAUCUCUGCAUCACAACCACCACAACUACCAUCACCACAACUACCACAAGAUUUGGCCACUGGGUGGCAGAUACCUGCUUAG